UUUCUCACCAAAACACUCAUAUUUCUUCUCUGUCUUAGUACACCGAACCAAACAUAACCAGUAUAUCUCGUUUACUUCUUCUUAGUUUUAGUAACACACAUGGCAAAAUCAUUAGAAACUGAACACCCUGCAAAGGCUCUUGGCUGGGCAGCUAGUGACACUUCUGGAGUUCUUUCUCCAUUUAAGUUUUCAAGAAGGGCAACAGGUGAUAAUGAUGUAAGGUUCAAAGUGUUGUAUUGCGGAAUAUGUCAUUCAGAUCUUCACAUGAUCAAGAAUGAAUGGGGCUUCACCCGGUAUCCUGUCGUUCCAGGACACGAAAUUGUUGGUGUGGUAACUGAAGUUGGGAGCAAAGUUGAGAAAGUCAAGGUUGGAGAUCAUGUCGGAGUAGGGUGCUUAGUUGGAUCUUGUGGUUCGUGUGAUAGUUGCUGCGACGAUUUGGAGAAUCACUGUGCAAAGCAGGUACUGACUUAUAGUGCUCUGUAUUUUGAUGGAACCAUUACUCAAGGAGGGUAUUCUGAGUCAAUGGUCGCGGAUGAGCGCUUCAUUGUUCGUUGGCCAGAGAAUCUGCCACUUGAUUCUGGUGCUCCUCUAUUAUGUGCUGGGAUCACAACUUAUAGUCCCCUGAAAUAUUUUGCACUCGACAAGCCUGGUACGAGGGUUGGUGUCGUAGGCUUGGGUGGGCUCGGCCAUCUAGCUGUUAAGCUGGCUAAAGCUUUUGGUGCACAUGUCACGGUUAUAAGUACUUCUGAAAGCAAAAAGAAGGAAGCAUUGGAAAAACUCGGUGCAGAUUCGUUUUUGAUAAGUCGUGACCAGGAACAAUUGCAGGACGCAACGAGCUCACUUGAUGGUAUUAUAGAUACUGUAUCUGCUACUCACCCUCUUGCUCCAUUGCUUGGGCUAUUAAAGCCUAAUGGAAAGCUUGUCAUGGUGGGUGGACCCGAAAAGCCUCUUGAGGUGCCAGUGUUCCCUUUGCUUGUCGGGAGAAAGAUUCUUGCUGGGAGUAAUAUUGGCGGACUGAAGGAAACGCAAGAAAUGCUUGAUUUUGCAGCGAAGCACAACAUUACAGCCGAUGUUGAAGUUAUUCCAAUGGACUAUGUUAAUACUGCAAUGGAGAGACUUCUGAAGUCUGAUGUCCGAUACAGGUUUGUCAUUGACGUUGCAAAUACAUUGAAGAGCGACUGACCGAAUGAAGUUCAUGGAAGUUUAUUGUUGUUCAAAAUAAGUUGUCUUUGUAAAAUAUUUCAUGUUUCCAGACAUCGUGUGUGUUUGAAUUGUGGUUGCCAAAUUGUAUUUUGAGAAAAUUUCAUCUUUUAAUAUGUAUAAAUAAACUCAAAAAUCGUGCUCUCUACUAGGGAUGAUAAUUGAAAAUCAAGAAAAUUAUUGACAGCUUUGGUUAUUUUUCAUUUAACUUUAUUUUGAAAAUGAUUGGUAAAAUUUAAACUA